CCACUUACCGUCACCUCAUUGUUUCCACUUUUCAUCAGGGGCGAAAGCCAUUCAAAGAAACUCCAUCGAGCCCGUGCUGAUUGCUCUUUGGCAUCCCCUCAAUCUCCACGAUCAUGGCUGCAGCCACGGCAAUGUGGGCGCCAGCGGGCAGCCCGGGCAACGACUACCAUCGAUACGAUGGCGGUCAUACCAGCUACGAGCCACCAUCCCCUACCCCAUCGAACCAGUCUCGCACCAAUCGAUUCACUCAGUGGUUCUCUCGCAGCAGAUCCAACUCGCCCAACACUCAGCGUCAAGACGGCGGUGAAGAAGACGGCAAGCGCAGCCGCAGCAGAGGCAGAGUCAGUCGAAGCAGGUCGCCAAACGAGAGCAGCUUCGUAGUACGAAACGUAGUCAAACAGAAUGGCGGCGUGUCGUGGGACAUUGAUAGCCAGGGCAACCAGCUCCAGUACAGACGCAGCAAGAGCAAGCCAAUCGGCAUGGCAGGAGGUAUGUCUCUGGGUGUCCCUCCUGGAGGACCGGGAGGUGGAACAGGCUACGGCACAGCAGACAGCCACAAUGAUGGUCGUAUCAUCCGCGAGACUCCCGCGCCUCCUCAUCCUCAGCAGAUGCAGUACGGCAGCACACCCGUCUCUCCACCUGUUCGUCCAGCCUCUCCUGGCCACACCAAAGCCGCCGCUUUCCAACGACCUCAUCGAAUCAGCCCGGGCCCGCUCAGCCAACGACAGCACGACGCAGAGAUGCAGCCGCCUCGCGCCCCUUUUGCCAUACAGCCUCAAUUCGAUGCUCCGGGCGCUCGCACGUCACCUCUCCGCAAGCCAAUGCCCCUAGCCCCGCAAGCUGCGCAAGCUGCGCAAGCUGCGCAAGCUGCGCAAGCUGCGCAACCCCACCAGGCCCCAAAUCAAGGCGACGUCUUUGCUCCCUUUCCCGCCUCCGACUCUAUCAAGAAUCACGUCAUCCCUGGUUUCGACCCCAAUUCUCUCAAUACCGCAGACAGCGUCUCUCCAAUCAACAUUCCCACACCAGGCUCUUCGCCCCACCGCGAUCGCCGCCAGAGCGUCGCAGAUCAGCGUGCAGCCAAUUUCGGCUUCAUCGGCGGCAACGAGGCCAGCCCAGGCACUUCUCCAGGCCUCGCCUCUCGCAUCAAGGGCUUCUUUGCCAAGCCAAACAAGGACGACGAGGAUGACGGCGAUGAAUCCGAGGAUGGACCCUCUCAGCAGGGGACACCCUAUGGCGUAUCCCCCGACGCCUAUAAUCGCCGAUCGAUGAUGGGCGCAAGAGUCUGGAGCGGCAGUCAGCCUGCCAUCGAUGCCGCGGACAAGGAAGCCGAGAUGCUGCGCAAGAGGAGUCAAAAGGAGGCGGCCAAGUUGAUCGACGAGGAGCGACGCAAGAUCAUUGACGGGUCAUCGCCUGCUCCUAUCAGCCCUCCUCACCGCAAACCUGUGCCCAGUCUCCCCUCCGGCCUCGCUCGCGAGCUUGUAGUUGAAGGCUGGACGCCAGAAGCCCUCAAUCGUAUGACCGAGAGCGGGCGAGUCGACCUAGUCCGACGCCUGACUGUGAAAAGCGCCGGCAGUGGCGAGGACAGAGGCGCCAAUAGCACGAGCGUCGCCGAACGCAUUGUUGCUGGUCAACCUCAGAUUGAUUGGGACAGCCUCACACCUGCGCAGAGGAUCAUCGCAGAAACCCGCAGCCGUCAUUUGGAGCAGGAUAGGAGGGCUAGCAUCGCAGCGGCCAACAACGAGCAAUCCCCUACUCGAGUCCAACGCGGCUUCGACACAUCUCCCGCGAGAGCUGGCGCUGCGGACGCCUCCUUUGGCGAGACGCCUGUACGACGAGCGACAAAGUCGUCGCCGAAGAAGCAGCAAGGGCCAGUCUCUGAUGCUGCAGCAACUCCCGCUCGACCAUCACCUGCCAAGAGCCAGGCGGCGCCUGCAGCGAUAGCCACGCCUGAACCUCGUCCUGAAGCUGGUCCGUCCCCAGCUCUCGCUCGCAAGGACGGUCUCGCCCCUGGACGUGGUCCCAUGCCAUCCGAGAUGGGCGGUACAAUGCCUGCGCUUCAAGAGAUGAUGACGCGCUUCUACCGCUUCGAGCGCUAUGCCGUCCCUCUACUCCGCUCGCUCGAGUCUCGACUGGUGGACAUCGAGCGCGACGCCCAAAUGGCAGCCAGUGCUACGGCAGACGGAGCAAGCGACCGAACAGGAAGAACGGCGCGCGAGAGAGAGAUGGACAGGUGGGUCGGCCAGAUGACGAGCUUGAUGAAGCACGAGAUUGGGCAGCUCAAGGCAGGAACCAAUGAGAUUCGAGAGGGAAGGGAGACGCUCGCUACUCUGGCUCGACAGCAGGCGCCGGCUUCCUCGCGGAUCGUGCAAAAGGAAUCUGCGCCCGCCGCUGCCAUUUCUCCCACGCCGCCAACGACGUCCUCGUCGCCGCCCAAGUCGCAGCUUACCCUGCCGCCUGGAUCUGCUCCUGCUCUCGACAAGGACGAGGGCAGGUACGAUGGCCAGCAUCGAUCCACUGAUAGCGGAAUGGCACGCAGUACGUCGCCAUCAGGUCGCCCAAAGUACACUAGCGCUUUGGGUAGGCCGAUGAUUGACGGGCGAGUCAGCCCAGCUGGUGAUGCUCAAGACGCUCGUCGAGUUCAACGCUCGCCUUCGCCCUCGCCAGCCCCUUCCAUCCCCGCUCUGCCUUCCGAGGUGACCCUUGACGCUGAGGACGAAGAGGAGUCACAAGACAUCAGCGCUUCUCUCCCUGCCAAUCAGACUACGAUCAGUCACACUCUCGAGCCACAGCCCCUUCGAGCCAGCGCCUUGGCCGCCAUGCGCGCUUCUGCUGGGAGCCCUGUACGAUCGGACGACGGACGAAGCUCAGCCCGCAGCGCUAGCUCUACCAGCCGCAGCGUCAAUGACCGCCUCAAAGCGCUGAUGCAGCCAAAGGCUUCAACGCCUGCUGCUGAGGAACGUCUUGAUGACGACGAUGAAGAAGAGGCAGAAUCGGAGCUGCCUCCUCUGCCAACGGCGGCUGCUUCUACGAGAGCGACGCAUGACAAGGAAGCCUCCGGCAAGAGCUACACGUCUUCCUCGUCGACCGUCACGCCAGCCAAGCUCGCGCAGCAACAGCAUCUCGCGCCUCCUCCUCAUCGAUCCAGCACUACGCCCGCCCCGCGCUCCGUCUCGCCCACGUCGACUUUCAUCGGAGGUCGCACCUCACCCUCUCCCGCCUCGUACGCCGGCCUAGGAGCAGGCGGUGGGGCCUCGCCCAGCGCGAGCCCCAUCAGCUCACCGCUCAAUCUCUCGCCCUCUAUCCCGGCUACGGCAGGCGGCGACAUCUCGACGGGACGCUUCGCCAGCCAGGGACUUCGCGCCAGGGCCCAGAACUACCUGGGCAGCACGAGCGGCGAUGCCAGCCCCGUGUCAGCCAGUCGCAUCAGCACCCCGAGCGACGCGACAUGGGCCAAGAAGGAGGACACACCGCCAUCGUCAUACUCGCGAGGCAGUAACUUUUCACAGCAACAACAGCAGACUCGCAAGAUGACUGCUCCUGCCAAGACGGGCAUGACGCUGAAGGAGAGAGUUGCCUUCUUCGAGGUCAACAAUCGCUGAAGGAGCGCGCCUCAACAGAGAUGGACAAUUUCUUCGCAUGACUUGACUUGACUCGCUUUCCCCCUCCAUGGUACCGCGACUCCGUUCUCGUUUGUCUUCGCCUUCACCGCGCCCCUACCUUUGCCGCUCGCUCUGUUGUUCUUUACGACGAAACCGCCGCGCCUGUAUCGCUUCUUUCCGCUUCGGACCUCAAUGCAAUGACAGUCUUGAC